UGGAAGAAAUCUGCAUGACGGGAUGGGUACCGAAGUCGGACUUAGGAAACGAGCUGAUCGCUUUUGCUAUGCGCAAGGAACUGCUUCUCCUGACUCUGGAAAACUUACUUGUCUUCGAACACGAGAGCAAGAAGCUAACAAAGCCCUCCAGGAAAAAGGAGGAUCGUUGGUCCAGCGUGGUGGACAUCGGCUCUGCUCAAGACUCGUAUCCUCUUUAA